UAAUAUGUCAGUGUCCUUUCUGAUGUACAUAGGUACCUACAUUUUACAUCUGUGUAAACUCGAAAUUUUCAUAAAAAAGACAUCAAACAAAAGAAUAACUUAAAAACUUCAAGAUAUUUUUGGUGAGGUGGCAGGUGCAACUGAUUGCAAGUGUAGAUCAUGUCCAUGUCCGUUCCCCUAGCUGGAAAAUUAUAUCAGUUUAUCAACUGCCAAAUUAUUAGGGACCACAAAUUUAUCAAAGAGGACUUAUGGGUUAGAGAUGGAAAAAUUGUUGACCCAGAAAAGAUAUUUUAUGAUGAACAAGUUGUCGCAGAUGUUAAAAUCGACUGUAAAAGUAGGAUGAUUACCCCAGGAUUCAUUGAUUUGCAAAUUAAUGGUGGAUUUGGUUUUGAUUUUUCAUUCCAUGAAGAUACUCACAGGGCCUUAGAUGUAGUAUCAAAAGGUAUAUUGGAGCAUGGAGUUACUGCCUAUUGCCCCACAGUAGUAACAUCACCACCAGAUAUUUAUAGAAGAGUACUGCCACGAAUUUAUGCAAAGCAGGGAGGUAAAUUCGGUGCUACUAUACUUGGGGCUCAUGUUGAAGGACCAUUUAUCAGUAAAGAAAAAAAAGGUGCCCAUCCCAUUGACUGUAUUCUUGACUUCAAUCAGGGUAUGUCAGAAGUACAAACCACUUAUGGUGCCUUUGAGAACAUUAAAAUUGUAACGCUUGCACCCGAACUGAAAAAUUCAUCGACUGUGAUAGAAGAAUUAACAAAAAAACAAAUUAUAGUUUCAUUAGGCCAUUCAUCAGCUGAUUUAGAUGAGAGUGAACGAGCGGCACUGAGUGGAGCAACAUUAAUAACUCACCUUUUCAAUGCAAUGAUGCCUUUUCAUCACCGAGAUCCCGGCCUUGUAGGUUUAUUGGCUACCGAGUUAAUACUUAAAGGAAGGAAAAUAUUUUUUGGCAUUAUAGCCGAUAACAUUCACACUCAUCCGGCUGCCUUAAGAAUAGCAUACAGAGUACAUCCUGAGGGUUUGGUAUUAGUUACUGAUGCUAUAUCAGCCUUAGGUCUUCAAGCAGGAAAGCACAAAAUUGGACAACUGGAUAUUGAAAUUAGAGACAAUAAGGCUUAUAUUGCUCACACUAAUACACUUUGUGGGAGCAUUGCGCCUAUGAUCACGUGUGUUCAGAAUUUGAUAGCAGCGACAGCAUGUUCUCCAGAAUAUGCUCUAGAAGCGGCAAGUUAUCACCCGGCGCGGGUUCUCGGCAUCGAAAAGCAAAAGGGCACCCUCAACUAUGGCGCUGAUGCAGAUUUUGUAAUGUUAAAUGAUGAUUUUUCGGUUUCUUCUACUUGGAUAAAUGGAGAGUGUGUUUAUGAAGCAAAUCUCUCUGGCACCACUUUGUGUAAUACUGAAGGCGCUCAAUAAAAACUUCAGUUUCAAUGUUUUAUUCCGCUUGGCUAGUGAUAUUUUGUGGACUAUGUCAUUUAAAAAAAUAUAGUUACAAGAUUAAGGAUUGAUACGAACAACAUUGCUUUGUUAAUAAAUAAUGUUUAUUUUUUAUAUAUAAUAUACGGUUUUGUUAAAAAGAAGAGAAUGUUAACAAUCAAUUGUUGAUGUAAUAAAUUUUAUAUAAAUAAA